AUGCCAGAGAUCCCAGAGCCCCUGGAGUUGCUCGAAUCGCCACAAGUCUGGGUAAACGGCGAGAUACUACCUGGCAAUUUGAUUUACAACAAUACAUCCACACCAUCAUGUGAUUUCCACUCAACAUUCUCCUCCACAAAUAGUCCGCUGCUGGACGAGACUGAUUCUUUCAAUACCUUCGCCAAUGUCGACUUCUCUCUCCAUUCAUUGAUCCCUACGAUUGAAUCAAAUAAUCGAAAUUCAUCUAUAAUAAGCCAGAAAGAGCUUGCGAGAAGGAAUGGAGUGGGCUCGCUAGAUGCAGUCUACCAGCAGCCAUCAUCACCUGUUUCCCACCCCGAAACAUACACAUCCGAUCACGUUGAGACCUCACGGAAGACUACAGCCAAGGUGUCCAAAGAUCGCUCACAGAGGUACACAGCAGUAGGAAGUGAUACUCCUUCUUCUCAGGACUCUGACGAGGAGAAAAUCGCAGAAAGGCGGCGGAAGAAUAAGCUUGCUGCUCGCAAGCUCCGUCAGAAGAAGUUGGAUCAGGUAUCGGAAUUAGAGGCUCAAUUGGAGGAUAUCAGGAGAGAACGAGAUGCGUUGCGGUUACGAGCUGCAAAAUCAGAGGGCGAACUUAUGGCCUUGAGACAAAUGAUCGACCAGAAAUGA